AUGAUAUCUGCUGCCAACGCUGCACUCUUUGCCGUUUCCGUGUCCCUGAUCAUACCCUACCCUGCCCCAGAGUUCACCAACCCAAUUCCACCCUCGCCCAGUCGACCGCCCGCAAAGCUCGUUCCUUUAUUCGUAUCGCUUUCCCCUUGGAGAACAGAAGCAGCGACGGUCGUCUUCUCUACCAAACGCCACCAAGCAGAGAUAUCUCGUGAGAGCAAAGCAGGCGCGCAGCAAGACGACAAGUAA